CCCGAAUAUAAAAGCUCGGAAACUCCGGUUGAAUUGUUUUACUCUCAGCGAGGGCUGAAUCAGUUCCAGAAGAAGAGGAGCUCAACUUGACGAAACAAAAUGCAGCCGAAGCAGAUCCAUGAGAUCAAGGACUUCCUUCUCACGGCGAGAAGGAAGGAUGCUCGCUCUGUCAAGAUCAAGAGGAGCAAAGAUGUAGUCAAGUUCAAGGUCCGCUGCUCAAAGUACCUCUACACCCUAUGUGUGUUUGACAACGAGAAGGCCGAUAAGCUGAAGCAAUCUCUUCCCCCAGGUACGGAGUCUUUUCUUUUGUUCUUCUACUUGUGUGGGGUUGGAGAAUGUUGGCAGUUCUCUUACCAUCUGCUGGGUUUUGGUGAUGUAAUGAAAUAGCACUGUACUAGCAUCGGUAACACAUGCUUUCCCUAGGAAACCAAGAAUCAAUUUGUUGCACAUUGUACUUGGUACCUACUACCUGCGAAUUGAACGUUUUGCCGCACAUGUCACUAAGGUUUUGUCUAAUGCACAUCUGUGUUCGUUUGUUGCAGGUUUGAGCGUGCAAGACCUUUGAAGAGAUGGACUUGGUGCAGUUUUUUUAGAGAGGUUUUGAUACUUUUUUGUUGCUCUACGGAAUGACAUUGUGGUUCUCAUGGUUUUGUUCGAUCACUCUUUUGGAGUUGAACUUGAAAGUGCAGAGCUAUGUACCGAUUAUGUUGCGUGGACUUAGUGCUAGUCAUGCAGGUUGCAGUACUGCCGCAGUCGUUAAAACUAGGAAGUAAUCUAUUCUCCUAUUUAUUUUCGACGGGAUGAAUGUUGUUUCUCUACCUGCCGAGAAAGCGGUUGUUAAUCAGAACGAAAAUACUUGUUUUCGGGGCUUUAAGGUUUCUCAAUUCACAGCAGCUGCUGCUGCUUAAGGACGUUCUUGACCUGUAACAGCCAGCAACUGACUUUUCACGAGAGCGGUGUAUGUAUGUAUGUGGCCAUUGUUACUUUGCUAGCAAAUACCGACAUUACAAUUUCCAGCCGAGCCCAUUACUGGCGCGAACUAUCAAUAACUUUUAGGAAGUUCGUUACUGUAUUCCAACCGAACCCACAAACGUCAACAAACACCUCGUUUUCUUUUGUUCUUGCCAGUUCCAAUUUUAUCCAUAACUUGCAGGAAGAAGGCGAUUCUCAUGUGUUCCGUAUCCAUGGAGCUCGUUUGGUUCAGCCCUCAAACCCUUCUUCCCCCUUGCUGUAAAACAUCAACUUCCC